AUGGCUGCGCAAAUAAUCUGGACUUGUCGCAGAUUCAGCAAACUCAGCCUCAAAGACUGGGCGCAAGAUAAAAGUGGUAUGCCUGUCCUGGCAAGACUCCCAACCCACACCAUCAACUCUCAGGGUCAAUCUAAGAUCAUGACGACAUACGAAGAAGAGAAGACUGCGUUGCUGCAAUGGCGUAGCAAGGUGAACGACAAGCGCACUGGUGAUCAAGAAGAGCUGCGUAAUUCUCCCCUGUUCUCACUGAGCGUCCGUCACAACAUCGACAACUCGACAAACAAAGCCAAGAUCUUCCCGCAAUAUGGCCUGCUUGGCUAUGACCUCGAGAACGUUGACGAGGAUGGCGAUAUCGAGCCAAUCCUCUUCAACGUUGAUGCACCACAUUCGACCUUCAUCUGCGGGUCACAGGGCGGCGGCAAGAGCUAUACUUUGUCAGCUGUGCUGGAGAAUUGCCUACUGAAGAACAAGACUGUCAAUCAUCUCGCGCUGCCCAUCGCAGGGUUGGUGUUCCACUACGACCUGAAUUCGACUCUGGCUAACGAAACUGCGACACUGUGCUCACUGGAAAUCAAAGUCCGCGUGCUGGCUUCUGCUGCCAACUUGGUAGAAAUUCGCAGGCGCUACUCGGCUCUGGAAGGCGCCAACAAUCAUCUGACGGUUGAAGCUCUGUUGUUCCGCGACAGCCAGCUGGACGCAAACUCAAUGAAGAAGCUCAUGGCGUUCUCAGAUCAAGAGGGUUCAGUACCGUUGUAUAUGGAGAUCAUUGAGCAUGAGCUGCGGCAGAUGAAGAAGGCGAGCAAGCCGUUCAACUUCAAGGCUUUUCGGACGAAGCUUGAGGACGACAAGAACUUCAAUCCUGCUCAGAAGUCGAUGAUGAAACAGCGCUUCGAUUUACUCCAGGAGUUCAUGGACUCUCGCCAGAAGACAACGAACGCGAAUAUGCUUGACCUCCAGCCCGGCACGCUGACGAUCGUCGACCUCAGUGACACCUUCGUCGGUCCUGCUACUGUCUGUUCACUAUUUGAUAUCUGCCUGGGACUCGUUCUGCAGCAGCCCAAAGCAGUAGCGAAGAUCAUCGCUCUGGACGAAGCGCACAAAUACCUAAACAAGUCUGACGCGGCGGCGACUUUCACCGAACAUCUCCUCAGCACGAUCCGUACGCAGCGUCACAACGGCACUAGGGUCGUCAUCUCCACACAAGAACCGACGCUGUCCCCAUCCCUCCUCGACUUGUGCAACACGAGCAUCAUCCAUCACUUCAACUCCCCGGCAUGGUUCGCAGCGAUCGAAGGACAUCUAGGCGGCGCUUCCAGCAUGACGACCACCGAGCAUGGCCGGGCGGAGCUGUUCAAGAGGAUUCUGGGGCUGAAGCUGGGCGAGUCACUUGUAUUUUCACCCUCGUCGUUUGUCGGGUCGGACGAAGAUGGGAUGCCGAGGAAGCUGGGGAGUGGUGUAUUGAGUUUGCAGACGAGGUUGAGGAUGGGGAUGGACAUUGGGAUGAGUGAUAUGGCUUCCAAGGGUCUGGUGUGA